GGUGGUGCUGUGAGCUGGCGCAGCAAGAAGCAGAAUGAGGUGGGAUUGUCCUCAUGUGAGACUGAGUACAUGGCCUUACACCAUGGGGCCAAGGAAGUAGUGUGGCUAAGGCGUUUGUUGGAGGAGUUGGGAGUUGGUCAGGAGGAGCCGACAGUUGUGUUUUGUGACAAUGAGUCCGCUGUGAAGCUCGCCAAGAAUGCUUGUCUGCAUGGGCUGACAAAACACAUAAGGCCUAAGUGGCAUUGGGUGAGGAGACUCCUUGAUAAGGAGGUGCGGCUGGAGAUAGUGAAGACCCAUCAGCAGGCAGCAGAUAUUUUCACCAAGCGUCUGGCGGAGGCGGAUCAUUGGAAGGGCAUGAAGCUUGCUGGGAUGAGUGUGCAUUGAGUAUGCAUGCUUGAGAUGUGG